AGACGUCGAUGGUAAUGUACCAAGUACAAGCGGCCUGAGUAAUCCAGGCUCGAUAAAUGUGAAUACCUUUCAUCCCGUCUUGGACUCCCCUUCUUCCCCGGAUCCAGAAAAUCCGACUGGAUCCGUUUUGGAUGAUCAGGAAGAAGAUAUGCGGUCUUUCCAUAAAUUUGGUUUCUUCCACAAACGGUCCGAGUUGAUGAUUAUGUUGCCUGAGGUGCACAAGCUGCGGGACAUCUUUGAGCUGUUCGCAUCCAAGGUGAAUACGAGGAAGCAGACGAUGAUCGAGAAGCCUCCAGCCGAGUCAGGUAUUGAUGAAGGAGCCAAUGGAGAAGAAGAAAUACACACUGAAGAAGGUGGAGCAGGAACUGGAGGACAAUCAAGGACGACAAUCAUUUAUAUUAAUACCCCGACUAUCGAUAUCUCUGAUGUGGACGAAUGCCUCCGCACUAUGGGCUUAUUUCCUAAUGAUCAGUGGCUUGGCAACCGCCUAAAAGAGCACCUGCGACGCCGCACAGAAAUGGGACCAAUGAGCACCCAUAUGGCUAGAAGGGUUGCCUUCGAACUAGUCCUCACGCUCUACUGCCAACUGGCAACCUUGAGCGAAAAGCUGAACGCCGACGAAGUACUGACAGCUUUGCGUAGCUGCGACCCCCAAGGAACCGGUGUCUUGUCCUACUCUGAGCUGCGCCAUAUGCUAACCAACGUGUGUGACCGCCUCGAGGAGGCGGAGGUCUUCAGCCUACUCCAUAGUGUCUCGGACAUUGACGGGAAUGUCCACUACGAGCAUCUGGUGAAGAAAAUGUUCGACAGGGAAGCCCAGACAGAGGAGAUGGUGCACCAGGCCAGGAUCUAUCUUCAGGCAAUUGGCCCUAAUGCCAUCGACAUGGACAUGGCCAAAAGGGACGAGUUUAUUGAUGACCUGCGCGAGGCGGAUCCCGGCAAUACUGGCUACAUCGAUCAAUCCACCCUGCUCAAUGUACUCAAUCGUGGCGAGGAACACUUCACCGGCGACGAGCUAAAGAUUCUAACCAGUGGGAUGAUGGAUGACGGGCAUCCGGGUAUAAACUACAUGCGUUUUCUGCGCUUCGUCAUGCACGAGUAAGCGGACCUGUCUGGUAGAGAAUCGUUACUGGGGAAAAAUCCCAAAGCUCAUAUGACAUUUAUUAAAAAUAAAUGCCAAUUAUUGCAAAUAUUACC